AUGUUUCCACCCUUGGUUGCCCUUUUAGGGCUGUUAUCGCUGGCAUCUGCUGUCAACCUCACGGGUUAUGAGUAUAUUGUGGUCGGGUCUGGCGCUGGAGGUGGACCCUUGGCCGCGCGACUUGCCCUCGCAGGCCAUAAAACGCUCCUGAUCGAGGCUGGUGACGACCAGGGCGACAGUUACAAUUACACUGUUCCCGCCUUCUCGGCUAAGUCGUCCGAAGAUGAAGCGUUGGCGUGGAACUUCUUCGUGCGUCACUAUGCCGACGACGAGCAGCAGGCUCGCGAUCCUAAAACCACCUACACCACCCCUGGCGGUGGCGAGUAUACCGGUUUGAAUCCCCCCGAAGGCUCGUCUAUCAAAGGCACGCUGUACCCUCGCGCUGGUACUCUCGGCGGUUGCACUGCUCACAAUGCCCUCAUCACGAUAUAUCCAUUCCGAUCUGACUUUGAUUCCAUCGCAUCUCUAACUGGCGACUCCUCGUGGUCCGCGGACAACAUGCGUAAAUACUAUAAACGCCUCGAGAAUGCCGGAUACGUGCUUCCUCUCACCCCCGGCCAUGGCUACGACGGAUGGCUGCACACCGACGUCGCGCCGAUUAGUCUCGUGCUGCAAGAUCCGCAGCUCAUCAGUCUAAUCCUCGGCGGUGCUUUCGCCAUCGGAAACCUCACCAAUACGGUGAUCAACCUGGCCACGCUCAUCGCCGGCGACGCCAACAAGGACUCUGCCGCCCGUGACACCAAAUCGGGAUACUACCAGGUGCCCAUCGCCACCGAAGACGCGCAUCGCAACGGUCCGCGCGAGUUCCUGCGCGCCGUACACGAUGCCACCACCCUGACCGGCGCCAAAAAGUACCCCCUGGACAUCCGCACUAACUGCUUCGUCACCAAAGUCGUCUUAGACUCAUCCACGCCCCCGCGCGCCACCGGUGUCGAAUUCCUCGACGGCCAAUACCUUUACCGUGCCAGCCCUCGCUCCUCGCCAUCGAAUACCGGCACGCCCGGCUCCGCCAGCGCAUCCCGCGAAGUCAUCGUCGCCGGCGGCGUGUACAACUCCCCCCAACUGCUCAAGCUCAGCGGCAUCGGCCCGAAAGACGAGCUCGAAUCCCACAACAUCCCGGUCUUAGUCGACCUCCCUGGCGUCGGCACCAACCUACAAGACCACUACGAAGUCGCCGUCCAAGGCCACGCCCCCAAAGACUACAGCGUGCUCAAGGGCUGCACCUUCGCCGACUCCCCAGCCGACGACCCCUGUCUCGCGCGCUGGGCUAACCCCAUUCUCGGAAACCACGGCACAUACGCCACCGCCGGCUCCGGGGCCACGAUAUACCACACCAGUCGCGCAGCAGAAACCUCGGACUUCGAUCUGUACGUGUUCGGCGCGCCUGCUGACUUCCACGGCUAUUUCCCGGGCUACGCCGCGGGAGCCGUCGCGCGACAUGACUGGUUCACCUGGACGGUGUUGAAAGCCCAUCCGCGCAACACGGCGGGAACCGUGAAACUCGUAUCCUCGGACCCACUGGACGUCCCAGCCAUCUCGUUCAAUUACUUCGAAACUGGCGCCGACGCCGACCUCGACGCUAUCGCCGAGGGCGUGGAUCUAGCGCGCGACGCAUUCCGUCGUCAACUCUUACCCAUUGAAGAGGUUUUGCCGGGCGAGGGCGUCAAGUCACGAGACCAGAUCCGGCAGCAUGCGAGGGACACGGCGUGGGGUCAUCAUGCGUCGUGUACAUGUCCGAUUGGGGCGGAUGAUGACCCGAUGGCGGUCCUGGACUCGAAGUUUCGGGUGCGAGGGGUAAAGGGGCUGAGGGUUGUUGAUGCGUCGGUUUAUCCCAGAAUACCGGGCACGUUUACGGCGUUGUCGACGUAUAUGGUUGCAGAGAAGGCGGCGGAGAUAAUUUUGGAAGGAUUGGAGUAA